ACAGCGCACUUGCUGCCUUUUUCCAAAUCCGUCCAUGCUGCUGCUCGCCUCUUCCUCCAUCCACCACCGGUUCUCGCUCCUGCUCCCUGCAAAAAUCUCUCUUUCACUUUUUGGUCGUCACACCCCUCGGAAUAUCGGGAAUUAGACCUCUCCCACCAUGGCCAGGGGACCGAAGAAGCAUUUGAAGCGUUUAAACGCACCCAAGGCAUGGAUGUUGGACAAGUUGGGAGGAGUUUACGCUCCUCGUCCAUCCACUGGACCUCACAAGUUGCGAGAAUCACUCCCACUCGUCAUUUUUCUGAGGAAUCGUCUGAAGUAUGCCCUCACUGGUGCUGAGGUCACCAAAAUUUUAAUGCAGCGUUUGGUUAAAGUUGAUGGAAAGGUUAGAUGCGACCCCACUUACCCUGCUGGAUUCAUGGAUGUGAUCCAGAUUGAGAAGACGGGGGAGAAUUUCCGACUAAUUUAUGACGUGAAGGGAAGAUUUACCAUUCACAGGAUCACAAACGAGGAAGCCAAGUACAAGCUCUGCAAGGUCAAGAGGGUCUGCGUUGGCCCAAAAGGCGUUCCAUUUUUGGUAACAAACGACGGAAGAACCAUCCGCUAUCCUGACCCAUUGGUUAAAGUUCAUGAUACCAUCCAAGUGGACAUUGCAACUGGAAAGAUCAUCGAUUUCAUUAAGAUGGAUCCAGGAAAUCUGUGCAUGAUUACUGGAGGUCGUAACUUGGGGCGAGUGGGUACUGUCGUGAGCCGUGAGCGUCAUCCAGGGUCCUUCGAUAUCGUUCAUAUUAAGGAUGCAGUCGGCCACAUCUUCGCCACCAGGUUGAACUACGUUUUCAUCAUCGGGAAAGGAAACAAGCCCUACGUGUCACUACCCAAGGGCAAGGGAGUUAAGCUAACCAUCUCUGAAGAAAGAAAUAAGCGUAUUGCUGCGAAAGCUGCAGCUGGCGUUUAAUUUUAUGAAUUUUCCAUAAAUCCAAAUAAAAAUAGAUUUUAAAAUCUAAUAAAUGUUUUCCACCCGUAA